AUGCCCAUCUCGGACCUACUUCGGCCCGUUUCCACCGCUGCACCCGAUUUCUUCUCCAGCGACUACCUCUCCGUUACAGCCUCGCCAUUCGUACGCGACGCCUUUCUCCGCAAUCUCGCAUCCAGCCCCCGCAUCCUCGGCAGCGGUGGCUCCCGUCUCGGCACAGGAAACACCGAUGCGUACACGUACAUAGAAGAGCGGCUCAGAAACUUAUUCGGAGGCCCAGGAUGCCAAGCGUGCGAUGCGCUUCUCUUCAACUCCGGAUACGACGCCAACCGCGUGUUCUGGUCGACUGUGCCGCAGAAGGGCGACGCCAUCGUCUUUGAUAGUCUCGUUCACGUCUCCAUGAAAGAUGGGAUGUUGCAGUCGCGAGCGGGCUCCACAGGCGCCCUCUACCCGUUCGAGCACAAUUCCGUUGUGGCGUUCAAGGAACGCGUCGGCGAGGCGCUCAAGAAGCAUCCGAACAUAGCGGAGGGAAAGGGGACGCUCUUCGUUGCCGUAGAGACGCUGUACAGUAUGGACGGUGACUUUGCUCGGUUGCGCGAAAUAUUUGAGACCGCCGACGAGCUCAUUCCGGCGGGAUGCGCUCAUCUGAUGGUGGACGAGGCGCACACGACGGGACUCUUCGGCCCUGAUGGGCGUGGCCUCCUCUUCGAGCUUGGACUAGAGACGCGUGUCGAUACCGUGCUACACACGUUCAGCAAAGCCUGGGGUAUGAGCGGAGGUGUGAUUAUGACCUCGCCACUCAUCCGGAGAUACCUGAUUAUGCGGGGCAAGCCCGUAAUGUUUUCCACGGCUUUGCCAUACUCUCACAUCUGCGGCCUCAACACGGUUCUUGAGUACGUAGCGAGUACCGCUGGCACGGAGCGCCGCGAGCGUGUCCGACAACUAUGCUCGUACUUUUCGGAUUGUCUGGCCAGGGCACUACAGAGCGUUUCUCCGAAGUUGCUCAGACUCGACGACCAUGAGAUUCCCUCGUACUAUCGCAAAACCGUCGUCAGCCCCAUCUUCCCCAUCCUCACGCCUGCGUACACUUCGCUAGCGGACUUCCUAGGUGCCUACGGAUAUGCGGUAACCGCGAUCGGGUUUCCAGCAGUCCCACGAGGACAGGAACGCAUCCGGGUCACCAUUCACGCUGGCAAUACUGAGGCAGAGUUGGAUGAGUUCAUAGCAUGUUUGAUGCGGUGGGCCUCGGGGAUGCAAAACGGAAAACAGCUUGAGAGAUCGCGGCUGUGA